AUGUCUGCCGCAUCUGUUUGGCUGGACAACGUCGCGACCCAGGGGAAGCGAAUUGGGGACCGGGUCACCGACGAGCCGGUCCUCUAUAAAGGCGAUGUGAGCCUUCGCGACCUCAGAAAGUUUGACCUCCCAGUCAGGCGUCUCAUUGCUUCCACUGGCGCUCUGACUGCCCGAGAGCUGCACAAAGCCAGUCGCACGGAUGAGGAGCUGUUCCAGCCGCUCAAUAAGGAGGAGCGCGAGAUGAAAGUUAUCCUCCAGUUGAUCAGCGAGAAGGCCGCGCAGAAGUUUAAUUCCAUUCGCAGUGCCCUCCGGCAUUUGGAUGCCGACUGCGACGGAAAUGUGGACCGGCACGGCCUCAUGACGACACGUGCUGCCGCCCGCCAAGCCGUGCGCUCUCAGUACUUCUUCGUAGCGAACGACGAGGAAGCCUUUUCGGUCUUCGGGAGGCAAGAAGUGCAGGAUAUCAAUACCAUCCGUCAAGUGACAGAUGUGGGAUACCUGGUCUUCUUCUUGCUGGUCCUCUUGGUGAUGGCCAAGCUUGACGCCGAUGCAGUCUCCAAGGGAAAUGUCUUGAGGCUCUCCGAGCCGAUUGACUUCAAGGGCCGGCUCUGUGGCUACGAUGAAGAGGUGAAGGACAGGCCCCUGGGCUACCACCCGAACCCGUUCAACGACAUGGUCAUCUGCGUGUCGGCCUGCCCACAGACGGCCACCGAUGGCACCUUCACCUUGCCCGAUGGCCCCAUGGGGAAGGAGCACACCCGCCCGGCCUACCCGACAGACAACAUCUAUGGUCAGCUGUGCUUGCCCCUCGAUCUGGAGCUUGCACGCCUCAUUAUCUCUGUCAAGAGUGUCCAGACAGAGAUGUACAAGGCCCUAGGAGUGAUCUUCACAUCCUCGGACGGCAUUUUAGUUGUGCUUGCGGUGCCUUUUGUGACAUCCUUCAUCUACUUGAUCGCGCUGUACUAUAUCCCCACUGCUGCUACCACCCUCGCCUUCUCCAUCACGGCCGUCACUUUGGCCUUGGUCGGAGUGCUCAUGGAUCUUGACUUGAAUGUCAUGAAAGGCAUCGACCUCUUCAAGGAGACGCACCCGCUGAUGCUGAUGGCCUUUCCCUACUUCCGAACCUGCUGCUACCUGUCCAGCUUCUUGUUUUUCCUGGUCCUGGGCGCAACGAUUUCAGCCAUGGUGCGGGCACAUGCUGUGUUCCGAGAAUGUGUGGCUGCAAUCUUUGAUCCGAAUGUCCUGGCCACGGUCUUCACGAGCGUGGCCCUGUCUGUCAUUCGCAUCGGGUUCAUCCUGUAUGUGUGCAGGCGCCUGGCACUGCUUAUGAGCAUCGUGGAGCCCUACCAGGUUGAGCUCCAGCUCUUCGGUGAGGUGCAUUUCGUGGAGAGGACGGCCUGGUCCCCGUUCUUCUUGUGGGGCGUCUUCUUCUAUGUCUUCGGAACUUUCUGGAUUCUCGAAUUCCUUUCCUUCAGCAACAAAUACAUCACGGCGCAGAUCCUCUGUGCCAACUACUUCCACCUCAAAGCCCGGAACCUGCAGAUGCAGGAGAUUGGCAGCGGCAGACCCGCCCCCAUCCGCUACGCCCUGUACUCCAUGUUCCGAUUUCACCUGGGCAGCAUCGCCCGGGCCGCUCUGAUGUCGGCUCCAUGCCGGUUUCUUCGCGGCGUGAUACAGAUCUUCGUUCCAGACCGGCCAAACUUGGACAAGUCCCUGAACCAGCAAUACCGUAUUGCCUUCUACCUCUUCUGGCCUUUGAUUCAGAUUGACCUGUACAUCCUUCGCUUCUACAAAGACAGCGUGCUCGUGAUGCUGGCAUUGAAGGGCUUCAAGUACAUGGAUUCUGCUAGACGGGUGGAAGGCUUGCUUAAUCGGUCUCGGGGGAAGAUCCCUCACCUCACGAAGUUCACUUCCAGGAUUGAGGCCUUCCUGAAGGGCAGCAUGGGCUUCACGAGCAUGGUUUGGGCUUUCUUCCUUUUUCGGGAGCCACGGCAGGGUGCAUACCACCAGGUGGAAACUCUGAGCAUGAAGUCAUCCAUUACCCAAGUAUGGGUUACUCCGGAGCAUUCACCCCUUCUGGCGAUGCCAGUGCUCUUGAUGUUUGGCUUGUGGGUUGGUGACGGCAUGCUGCAUCUAGUGACGAUGUCCUCGAAUGCCUUAACGAUCUGCUACUGCAUUGACGUGGAGAUGGUGGGUGGUACAGAAACCGAUGCCCUCUACGCCCCAACCGGCCUAAAGCUGGUCUACCGAGAUUUGGGCGGAGGCGAGUCUGAGCGCGAGCUUGCAGAGCGCGACAUCCCUCUCGGGGCCAAAGAGCUUCGUGCCAGGAAGCUUCCAAAGCAGUGUUAUGCGGGAAAUACCUUCAAGAUAUGCCACACCCAUUUUGAACACACCUUUGUGCGACAUUUUUUCCGUGGCUACAACUUCACGGAAGAGGUUGCAGACCGUUUCUUUGAGUACUUGGACAAGGAGAAGAGGGGCAUGCUGGACUACGCGAAGUUUGUGAACUUCAUUCGGCCCUUUCUGGAGGGCGCGAUCAAUGGCACGCCCUUGACAGCGCGAGAUCUCACCAGCUGCCGCGGUGCGCCAGAUUCGGUCCUGGAAGACAUGCUGGAGGUCACUGAGGAGCGCCAAGACCGGUUGCACGAGUUCGACGGAAAGUUUCAGGAGUCCUUGCGCAUCCUCACCAGGAAGGCACUGGAUCGAUUUGGCAGCCUUGCGAACGCCUUUCGCUUCGUAGACCUGGACAGAAACUGCAACAUGACCAGGAACGAAACGGAAUACCUCUUCCGCCUUUGCAACUUGCCACCCGAAUUGGCUGUGAAGUUCCAUGAUGCAGUCGACACGAACGGGUCCGGCGAGAUCUCGUUGCAGGAGUUUCACGCUGCCCUGGCGCCUUAUCUCAGUGACGAGGACCAGAAGCGGCAGCAGCUCAAGAAAAAGAAGGACUACCUGCUGAAGCCCUACACUCCCGAGCAAGCGGAUGAGGACCUCAGAUCCGCAAGCAAGCGAGCGGCAAGCAAGGAGUGGAACAAACACGUGGACUUCGAGCUCAGGAACGAGCUGAGAAGGCUUAUGCAGGACGUGGGCGACAAGUUGCUCCUCAAGUUUAAGCAUGUCCGAGAUGCCUUUAAGCCGCUGAACUUGCAGAGGCUGGGGAAGAUCACGCGUGAGGAGAUGCACAACUUCUUCCGAGGGUUUGGCCACCCUGAGGAGGUGGCGGACAGAAUAUUCGACCUUCUGGACCAGGAGGGGAAGGGGGAGAUCGAGUACUCUGUGUUCAUGUCCCACUUCGAGUCCGUGCUCGGGCGGGACUUCCGCAAUUUGUCAGAGCAGCCCCCGAUCUAUUUGGAGGAUCCCAUCAAGUGCAAGGAGGUCAACGAAACCGCUGACAGCCUGAAGAAGCGCUUGCUCACGAGGUCCAGGAACAUGAAAGAGGCGUUCCGUGCAUUGGACUCCGACCACGACGGCCAGGUCAGCCGAAGCGAGCUUCGUGUGUUCGGGAAAAAGGUCGGCGUUACCAUGGAGUCCUGUGAUCAGCUCUUCGACGCUUUGGACGUGGAGGGUGUCGGCUGCGCCACCACGCUUGGGGAGUUGGGCCUUAGUGUACUGGUUGUAAAUGGUUGUAAGAUAUAA